AUGGGAGAUUUACCCGCUUGCAGAGUACAGUGGGCUUUACCCUUCGAAAAAGUAGGCGUAGAUUAUGCUGGACCCUUUAUGGUAAAGGAAAGGCGCGGACGCGGUUGCAAGGUUAUUAAAUGUUGGGUAUCCGUAUUCAUUUAUCUUAUAACUCGUGCAAUUAAUUUGGAAACUGUAUUAUCUAUAAGUUCCGAUGAUUUUUUGCAGGCUUUAAAUAGAUUUAUUGGCCGUAGAGGGAAGCCACUAGAAAUGUUUUCCGAUAAUGGAACAAAUGUUAUUAAAGCCAAUAAAGAUUUACAGUCAAUGGGUCAUUUUUUACAAAAUAAUAAUGAUAAAAUUACUCAGUUGGUUGAAGUUUUACGAAUUAAAUGGCAUUUUAUUCCGCCGAAUUCGUCACACUUUGGUAGUAUAUGGGAAGCGGGCGUUAAAAGCUUAAAAUAUCAUCUUAAAAGAGUAGUGGGUUCUUAUACUUUAUUAAUUUUUGAUCUCCAAAGACUGCUUGUACGCAUAGAAGCUGUAUUGAAUUCCAGACCACUCUCCCCUUUAAGUUCCCAUCCUGAAGAUUACUACUUACCCCCGCACAUUUUCUCAUCGGCCGCAGUGGUACGGCUAUCCUGGAGCCAUCAGUCAUGA